AUGUCAGUGUUCGCUAUGAAUCCGCUACUGUCAAGAACCGAAGUCGCGAGUUCAUCCACUCCCCUGCUCCUCCAGUGGUCUUCUUUUCAUGCAAUGCUCGAUCGCCAUGGACAAGCUUUUAAGAAAUCUCAAGUUGUUGUUCUCAUUAUCCUUGCUUUUCUUCUUCUGAUCACACACUUGUUACCUUCCUCCAUUAGACCUGCUUUCUUAUACUUCAUCUUCAACUUCCUCAUCAUAUCUCUUGGUGCUGAAGCUGGUCUUCUCUCAUUCUCAUCAGCUUCUUCUUCUUCUUCUUCUUCUUCUUCUAAGCCAUCAUCAUUACAUACCAAAACAACUUCUUUUUCUGCUUCUUCUUCUCUUACCCAGAAACCUGUAAUAAUGGCCCAUGAAGCUAUAAUACCUGAGGUAAAGGAACAAGCUACUUCUGUGUCAUCAGAACAUAAUAAUGAAAAGAAGGCCAUCCUUGCUAGGGUUAAAAAGCCAAGCCUUUUCUUCAUAGCAUGUGAAGAAACUGAAGCAGAGGAAGCCAAGAAUGAUCAUGAUGAGCUGUGCGAUAAAGCUGAGGCUUUCAUUAGGAACUUUUACAAGCAGUUGAAGAUGCAGAGAGAGGAGUCUUGGAAGAAGAUUCAUGAAUUUCAUCAGAAAGCCUUUUAAUAUUCUGCUUUUACUUUAUAUAAUUAAUGUGGCAGUUAACAUUGGUUCUGGGGAUGAUCUACUAGUUAAAGGGAUUAAGAGAUGUCAUUUUCAUUUCUUCAAUAAUGAUCCAUAGGUUUGGUGCAGAUUUUAGUUUAUGAUAGGUUUUGGCCAAAAAGUGAAAGGUGACAUUGUACAAAUAAAUGUUGAAAUGUUAAAUAUGUAAGAUUAAUUUGCAAAAAAUAUCCAUAAAUAU